CUGCAGCUCCCUCAUUAUCCAGAGAUGGGAGGCUGGAGCUAGUGUGGGCUAUCGGAUCCUCUCUGGAAAACCAAAACUUCACACAUUUUUAAGGGGAAACAGUGAGUAUUCUGGACUGGUUUUAUUGGGCUUUCCUUUUUUUCUGACGUCGGGCUGCGAAACGAUGGAAAUGGACUGAAAUGGAUAAGUUUCAUUUCUGAAAGUUUCCAAAAAUGGUUUUAAUAGCGCGGCAGUCCCUGGUGGCCAGUUAUACACUUAACUGCGGCGCCUCGCUGCCUUAAAACCACCAUCUGUGAAAAUAUGAGCAAGGAGACUUUAUGAUGGAGACGCUAUGAAGUCAGCUUUACAUCUUUGGAUCAAUUCAGUCGUGCUACAUUAAUGGAGCGGGUUCUACUGUUGAUAUGCUGCGAGUUGAUCAUAGCCAUCGGUUUUUCUGGUGGAUCUCCGAACCAUAAGCAUCGCCCCGCGUGUUGGAAAGCCAUCCUCAAGUGUCACGGAGAACCCGACUGCCGUUACGCGUACGACCAGUACAUCCAUGCCUGCGCGCCCGUCAUUAGCGGCGUGCGCAAGAUAUGCCCCAGUCACUGCAUAUCAUCCCUGAUCCAGCUCAAUCUGACCCAAAACGGCCCGGAUCUGGAGGACUGCGACUGCGCCAUGGACCUGGUGUGCAGGAGCACCCAGCAGGCCAUCGACCCGUGCGUACCGCGCACCCGCGCCAUGGGAUGCACCGAAGCCCGGCUGCAGUGCGAGACGGACCCGGCGUGCAGCUCGGCCAUGAGGGAUUAUUUGUUCCAAUGCAGGAAACUUUUCGGGGGGCAGAGAUGUUCGGAGGGCUGUCGCAAAGUUAUCGCCAACAUGCGCUCCAUACCGAAAGCGCUGCAGCUUGACGCAUGCGUCUGCGACGGCUCUGAUAGGAACAUCUGCGAAUACAUCAAGCUGAGCAUGAGGACUCUGUGCUCGGAGUCCAGCGAUGGAGGAAGCGGAUUCUCAGACACUAUGGAGGACACAGAUGAUGAUGAUAUUUACCAGGAUGAUUAUUAUUAUGUUGACAGUUCAGGAAGCUCUCAACCUGCACAUCUUAAAAUCAUCAUCUUAGUGGUUAUUUUCAUGGGAUUUAUCCAGUGA